AUGAAUAAGAGCGUGCCGGCACCUGAGGUUGUGGUUGUGUGUGGGGCUGCAGCUGGAAAGCUGCGACCGAAUGUUUUCUCUGACUCGUUUCUGUUCCUCAUCCUCAGAUUUAACUCUGAUAAAUGGGAAGCUCUUCCAGCCUGCAUCCAGACGCCUUUCCAUUCCUGCAACAUAUCAGCGGUUGGGCCGCGCGACACUAACGACUCGCCCGAGAACAGCUGCGUGACGCUGCGUGUGCGGGCCGAGAGACGGGGGCUGAGAUCUGAGGGUGUUAACGCCUGCAGCAGAUACGGUGACGUCUGCACGCCUCCGUUAAGCAUUUUGACCCGGCCUGGAUCACUCACCGUAUUCCUUAACGAUGACCACGAGCUGGCGAAGGAACACGACAGCAAUGCCAAGCACAUGAUUUACUUUGGCAGAGAGGGAGAGAGUCCUCUGCAGGAGUAUGAAGACACCAUAGCCUCCAUGACCAUUGAAGACCUGGAGGAGGGGCAGCGGUACUGUGUUCAGGUGGCCUAUACGGUCCACGGGGACCUCGUGGAACCACGCAGCUGCAUCCAGUGUGAGGUCAUCCCUGCAUCAGAACACGUGAACAGGACGCCGAUGAUCGUGGGGCUGCUCGUCGGCAUCGUGGUCCUCGCCAUUCUUGCAUUGGGAUACCUCGGGUUUUUCCAAACUGAGAAAAUCAAACGCUGCCUACACUAACCAUGGUAUGCCUCACCGAUGCAGUGAGAGUCGUGUUUCCCAGGCUGCUAAUGGUGACAUCCAGAAGCCUUCAGCAGGCAGCAGGUAGAGGACAUUCAAGAAGCUGUGCUGCUGUCCAAGACGACGUCUUACUUCUUAAACCUAAACACACAAACUUCUCAAAACAGAGUCUGAUGGAGGACUUUAUUAUGGCAGAGCUUGUGUGUUUCCUACAAACUGGACUAUCAGAUGAAUGAGUUUUCGGAUUAUUUUCGUGGGCUGCUGGGAUGUAUGCGUGUGGACCGUGAUGAGGGGAAAACAAGAUUUCUGAAGUGACGUAAUAGGAUAGG